AAAAGGGAGCUGGGGAGAGACAUGAAUAAAUUCAUACGCCAUGGAAGCUGAUCAUUCUCGAAGGUAUAUGCCCACUCUCUGGCACUAAAUUAAUUAAUGAAAGGGGUUGGGGUUUUUUUGAGAGUUUAGAAGUGGGGGAUUCCUGGACCCCUGGAAUGUCUUCAGCUGGCAUCAAAGGAGGACUGGGAUAUUUCAACUAUUUGCUGGCUCCAGAAGAGUCCAUUACAUCUCUUGGUUCAGUUCAGCUGCUGACCCAGGAAGAGCUGCAAAGUGAGUAGUCACCAGGAAGGUGGCCGCUGGCACUCAACACAAGGAAUUCUCUCCUGCCACAAGACAAUUAUUCUGCGGAAAAGAGAGGCCGGAAGACCAUGAAGUUCUGCAGCAUCCUCCUUAUUUUGAGACUCACCUUUUAUAGCGCUGUAGCUCGAAAGAGCCCACUGAUGCAAACCCUCCACUGUUUCAAUGACUACACAUCAUAUACCGCCUGUACUUGGUUGGAAAGCAGGGAUGCAUGGAACCUGAUCAAGAUGACACUUUUUCAUAAAGACAAUUAUGAUUUAAACCUCGCUCAGAUGACAUGCCAUUCUCUAUCAAAUGACUCUUGGAUAAAUUGGAGCUGCUACAGAAACCAGUCAGAAUUUGCUCCCUCUACGGAAAAUACCUACAUUUUCAAACCAGAUCGGGAAUUGGAAGUCCAACUGAACGUCAGCCUCCUCAGGAAUGUCCAGCCUCCUCCCCCAAAGGAACUAAAUGUCAGUGUCAAAAAAGGUUACUUCUUGCUGACAUGGAAACCUGGUGGUAGGACUCAGAGAAUCAAUUCAUUGGAAGAUGCCCUGGACUUUGAAGUAGCCUACAAACGGAGCUGGGAGCCCUGGCAGAAAUCUUCCUCUGUGUUGGUCUCAAAAACCUCCUGCAGCCUCCCGCAUAAUAACCUUGUGCCUGGGAGCAUCUACGUUGCCCGUAUUCGAAGCAAACCAAAUCAAGACAGUGGCCUUUCUGGCUAUUACAGUGAAUGGAGCUCUGAGGUAUCUUGGAAAACACAGAAAGCCGAUGAAGCUCAACCCAAAAACGUCCGCUGUCUGUUCAAUGGCAUUGAUACACUAAAAUGCAGCUGGGAGGUGAAGCAAGAGAUCACCAGUUCUGUCUUGUUCUCGCUCUUCUACAAAGCCAGCCCAGAAUCAAAUGAGACGGAAUGCUCUCCAGUCCAUGAAAAGGAAUUGACUCCCAUCAGCCGCCAUGUAUUGCAAAGCUGUGAAAUCAAUGUCACCGACCCCAACAGCCAAUACAUCGUAUCUGUACGGUCAAAAGAGGAGAUGGUCAUGAGGACACCCAUGUACCACAUCAAGCCAAAACCACCCUACAAGCUGUCCAUAAAAAUUGAAAGCAACCAGGAGUACAUACUGAAAUGGGAAGACAGACCAGCACAGUUCAACAUUCCUAAGAAGUAUCAUAUUGCCUACUGGAAGACUGUCGGAGCCUUUGGAGAAGAACCAGAGAUCAAAUAUCAAAGUGUUGACAACGAUUUCAAAGAGUACUCCUUCACCUUCCUGGAACCAUCCACUAGUUACAGUGCGAAAGUGCGAGCAAUUGUGAAUGGCUAUGCAUACAAAGGCUCAUGGAGUGAGUGGAGUCAGGAAUUUCACUGGAAAACAGAAAGUGUUUUGCCGUCCUGGAUUAUUCCACUGAUAGCAGCAAUCCUUAUCACAUUGAUGAUGGCGGUCAUCUUCUGGGGGCAUGCGUACUGCGUCAAGAAGAAAUGGGAGUGGGAGGCAAGCAUUCCGAGUCCACCCCAGAAGUUUCUGCUCCAUGACUAUUUUCAGAAAAAACAGCUGCCAAGUGGCUCACAUCAUGUCCUUUGCCAGAACUAUUCAGAGGAGGAAGUGCUUCGCUGUCUCAGCAGAUGGGAGAGGCAAAGGCUGGUUAGCAGUUCAGAAUCUCUUGGAGCUUGGACAGAGAAAACAAAAUCACCUUCAGUUGCCAGUCCGAAGAAAGGCACAUUAGAGACCUUUCCACUUCCUGUAGCCAAUGCUGACCAAAGUUUGAGACAAGGUGAUGCAUCUCCAACACUUGUUGGAAGUCAUGAUGCUAAAGUGCGCCUUGCUCAUCAGAUAUAUAAUUUGAACGGCCCAUACUUAUACUCUCUCCCAGAGUCCUUUCUGCCUGAUGUUCAGCAGGACUUGGAAAUUGCCCCUUCAGAAACAAGGGGGACACCAGUGGUUCUUCAGUAUGUAGAACUGCCCCAUAACAUGCAUUUCCCGCUGCUGCCAGUGGGGAAAGAGAAAACGACAGCUCCCCCACUCUGCAUUGUCCAUGACCAUGAAGAGGAGAAGAAACCUUUUUCAAAUAGGCAGGAAGUAUCUCAAGCUCAAGCAGCAAGUGGAAAAUUGGAGGAAGGAGAGAGGCCAAAAAAUCAUACCAGCACAAACAACACCUGUCAAAUUUGGCCUUUGGACUACAUUGCCAGUGCAGAUCUGCCACUGACCAAAGAAAGAGGUUCUCCAUUUCUCUUACCUGUGAUGGCUUCAGAGGAAGAGAUGCCCACCUGUUCUGAUAUGGCAACAUCUGCCUCACAGUUGUCCCAAACAAAUGAAGAGUUCUUCAGCACAGAGUCAUGCCAGAAGAAACCAGAUUCUGUGCCCCCAACUGAGGAUCGAGCACCAGCUGCUCCUUUGAGAUCAUUGCCACAAGGAUUUGAUAACUAUGUUAUGACCUUCCCUGGUACCCCAGUGUCUGUGCCAAAGGAAGAACUCCCUUUCUCCACAGAUCAGACUAGAAAUGACAAUGGUCUUCUUAUGUUCAACCCUGAUGGCAAGAGCCCCGUUUUCUUGCAUCAGGUGGAUGAAUACUGCUUCUUCCCUGGCCCCAAGCCUAACCAGGAAGCCCCUAAAGGUGAAAAAGAAUCUGUGGGACACCAGCUUUCAGAAAGCAAUCAGGCCGUCAUAAAGGUCCAGCGUGAGAGUAAAUUUGUGGGGGACAAGCUACAAACCACCCCGCGCAUUUGCCAAGGCCCAAGAGAGCCUGUGCCUCAAUAAAAGCCCCCUAGACUGUGAACGUAAUCUCACUCUUGUGACUUCUUUGCUUUGCAUUACUGUCCUUUGUACUGACCUUGACUCAUGGAACAAUUUUUUGGUUUGUGGGCUACAGCUAUGGUGAAGUUCCGUGUGGCCGCUGUAAUAUCUAAAUACCACUUGGCCCAUGCAGGCUAGCCCGUGCAGUAACCAUGGAUGUCAGAUCUUUGUACACCAAUAUUCUUUAAGAUCGAGCUCUGGAUAUUAUACAGGAUGUUUUGGAGAGGAGGGAGUCCAGGUUUCUCCCUACCAUUUCCUUGUUAAUUUAGCUGAGAUAUCCCUGAAAAAGAAUUAUUUUCAAUUCAAUGGUCGGUUUUUCUGGCAGAUAAAGAGGGUUGCUAUGGGAUGCUCCAUGGCUCCCCAAAUUGCGAAUCUGUACAUGGAAUCCUGUGAAUGUCAACAUAUUUCAUCUUCUGAUAACCAUUUUUGGUCCAAUUUGUUAGUAUGGUUUAGAUUCUUAUAUGAUAUUUUUUUUAUUUGGAGUAAGCACUGCAGAGCAGCCACCUAAUAGUGCAGCAGGGAAAUGACUUGACUAGCAAGCCAGAGGCUGCUGGUUUGAAUCCCCGCUGGUAUGUUUCCCAGACUAUGUGAAACUCCUAAAUCGGGCAGCAGCGAUAUAGGAAGAUGCUGAAAGGUAUCAUCUCAUCCUGUGUGGGAGAUGGCAAUGGUAAACCCCUCCUGUAUUUUACCAAAGACAACCACAGGGCUCUGUGGUCUCUAGGAGUCAACACCGACUCAACAGCACGCUUUACCUAAGCACUGCAGAAUUACUCUCUUUUUCUGAAUGGGUUAAUUGUAGGGAGUCUAAUGUUCAAUUUGAUAUUCAGUUUGUUAGUGUAAAAAUCAUUUUUUAAAAAAUUGGUUAAAAAGGUGGAUGGUAGUUUACAGACUACUUUAUACAGAAAACCUACAGAUAGGAAUGCCUGCUUGAGAUUUGAUAGCUCUCAUUCCAAGCCGCUUAGCGACAAUUUACUGUAUGGACAAUUUUUUAAGGGUUAGACGGAAUUGUUUUAAUCAUCAAUCAUUUACACAAGAAUCCUCAGUAGUUAAACAACAGUUUCUGGAUAGGGGUUAGCCAGAGAUAGUCAUUGAAUAAAAUUUGAAAAAAGCGAUGGCGAUUCCUAGGGAGGAGCUUUUAUGUGUACCUAAGAAGGAUUCCUCUAGUGCCAUUCAUUGAAGUUUAACAUCUAAUCACAUUACUAACCAUUUACAAAAGAAAAUUAAGCAAUACUAGCACGUUUUACGGGACAUCCCUAAUUGUCAAAAUAAGCCCAUCAGCUCUUUUAAGAGGACAAAAAAAUCUGAAGGACAUAUUGGUUAGAAGUAAAUAUAAGGGGAAAGGAGAGAAACAUUACAUAUUUUGCCAGGUUCCUCAAAACCUCUGGGACAUUAUCCUUGUGGUCAUUUUGUAUAUUGUCAGCAUACAGAUUCAAAAGUUUUGUAAAUCAUUCUAAUCAGAAAUGUUAUACACUGCAUUCUUUUACCACUUGUAAUACAGCUGGUGUGGUAUAUGUCAUUCAAUGCCCAUGUAAGAGAUUGUAUGUUGGAAAAACUCUGAGACCUCUAAAGAAACAGAUUGGAGAACCUCUGAAGAAUAUUAAAUGUGCUAAAGUAGGUGCCUCUUUGGUGGCUCACCUUUUUGGAACAAAAGCACUCUCAUAAAGACUUGCAUUUCUGGGCGAUUGAAAAGAUCAAUUAUGGCCAUGAUAGAGGCCUGCUCAGGAGGGAUGCAUGGUGGAUUCUUGAGUUAAACGCCUUGAUUCCUGGUGGUUUAAAUGAGGAGUUAGACUUUGGAGUUUAAAUGAGGGUCAUUUUCCUUUUAAGUAGCAUGAUUCUAGCAGUUGGUUAGAUAAUGAAACACAGCUGGGUCAAGAUCGAAGGAUAUAAAUCUGUUUUUGAAUUGAAAAUUGGGAUAAGCUCAUGGGAGGAAGAUAGCAGCUAGUCUGUUUAAGGAGUCUUGGCUAGUCUAAGAAUGCAAGUAUCUGCAUUUUGUUUUUCAGAAUUGUUAUUCUUGGAAAUGUUGUUUCUGUAAAACCAAGUCUUUGCUUUAAAUUACUCCUUAGGCUUUUACCUGUUUGUGGAGAAGUUGGUUUUGUAUGACAGGAUUUCAUUGGAAUAGAUUUAAGUGUAUAAUGAUCAUAAUUUUUAUAAUAGGUUGUUCCACUGUUGGUUGCUAAGUAUUCAGAAUGUGCAUAUUUUAAUCAUUCAAAUAUUUCAUUAUGUGUUUUAGUUUGCCCCUGAGGCUUCGGCCAAUAAGUGUUGGGCUGCAAUAAACAAUUAAUUUCACAGCA